UUUGAAGGUUGUGCCAAAGCCUAUUCUAGAUUAGAAAAUCUAAAGACACAUCUAAGAUCUCAUACUGGAGAAAAACCUUACAUGUGUGAAUUUCCUGGCUGCACCAAAGCUUUCAGUAAUGCUUCUGAUAGAGCCAAGCAUCAAAAUAGGACUCAUUCUAAUGAGAAACCUUAUGUUUGUAAAGCACCUGGAUGUACGAAAAGAUACACGGAUCCUAGUUCUUUGCGCAAACAUGUAAAAACAGUACACGGGCCAGAAUUUUAUGCUAAUAAAAAGCAUAAAGGUGGUGAUGGAGACUCAGGAAGCAACGAUGGUCCUAGAGAAGAGAAAAACUCAGAAAAUCCUUCAAGUCCUCAUUCUGAAGAAGGAAUUGGAAGUGGAAAUCCUGCAAGUCUUUCCAGCCCAAGUGUUAAAUCAGAGGAACAAGAAGGUAGUAGUCCUGGUGAUGCAACAGAUCCAGCACCUAUUAGUGAUAAUAGUGUAUCAACAACAAGUGGACCUCUGGAAGGAAUAGAAGCAGAUGUCGGUUGGGAUAUUAUGGAAAAUCAAGAAAUAGAUAUUGAAGAACCUGUUGUGACAGUAUCAACAGCAGUUACUUCUUCUGGCAAUAAUGUUGAAAUAACAAGAAAUACCUGUAACAGAAUUAAAACAAGGAUACAAUCACAAUUAAAAUCUGCAACUUCUUGGUUACCAAAUCUUCUAAAUUCUAGGAAAGUGAAACAAUGGAACAGUCACACUACGACAAAUCAUCAAACAUGUCCAUCGAAGCUUCCUGAAAUUAUUAGUAGUAAAAAUUCUAAAAAUAAUAUAACCAUACUUCCAAAUUCAGAUUUAACCAGAUUAUCUGGAUGUGUAACACAUCGUAAAAAUAUUCGUCAGGACAGCAGUAACAGUUCUGUUAGUUCUUUCUACAGCAGUCUGCAUUCUGAUAUUAGUGCACAGCCAGUAAGCAGUCAGAUAUCUAGCAGACGUGGAAGUGAAAUAUCUCGGAGUGUCGGAGGAUUUCAUUCUCCAUAUGAUCCAAUAUCAUUAGGAAGCUCGCGUCGCUCUAGUGAAGUUGGAAGCAGCACAGGGAUUCCUGCUGGAGUUGCUGCUCAUCUUCAGAGAAUUCAUUCACGUGCAUUAGCUUCUCAACAUUUAAAUUCAACUCAAAAUUUAGUUGUUCAAACUCAAAAUUAUAAUACUCAGGGAGAAAAUAAUUGGACAGAAGGCCAAACAAGCCUUUCUGAGCACAAUUCAAUACCUCAGUGUUCUCCCUAUAAGGAUGCACGUCGUUCAAGUGAUCCUUUAAGACCUCUAGAUGUAAAUGCAGGAGAUAAGUUACAGAGAUUUAAUAGCUUUAGUAAACUCUCACCUCUUCCUCCAAUAUCUCGAUCUUCAAUGUCAAAACAUAGUGUACAGGAUGGAAGAACUAAUCAUCCUAAUGAAAAUGUUGUCUUAGAAGAUCGCCCAAUAGAAGAGAACAAAGAUCUAGUGCUUCCCGAUGAUAUGGUUCAUUAUCUUAACCAAGUUGCUGAAAAAUCUCAGCAAGAACCAGAUCGUCCACAUUCUCAUUUCAGUCAUGCUGUAUCUAGUGUUAGUCAGUAUGAGGAAAUGCAACAUCAAUCAAAUAAUAGACUACCUUAUUUUCCAGACAAUGACCAUAGUUACUGUAAUAACCAAACUACAACGUAUAGUCCAAAUUGUAUAACUAAUCGCAAUACUCAGCAAACAUAUGCAAUGAAUGCAAAUAAUACAAAUAGAUCUCAAUCAAAUAAUCACAUACACAAUGGUAAUUAUUCAGACCAUGCAUAUCAUUCCAAUAAUGUACCAUAUAAUCAACCUCAUCCUGUAGUGAAUAACUACAGGUUGCAGUCAGACUGUGUUUCUCAUCCAUCUCAUUAUUAUGCUCAAACUAGUCAGCAGACACCAGUUCCACGAGAAUCAUAUUAUUCUCAGUUACAAAAUCCAGGUAAGAUGUGGAAUAUGCAGAAUGGACAUGAAGAAACACCUCACCAAAUAUAUAUAAACGAUCCAAGUGAAAAUGGGUCUCAACCAGAAAGACGUUUUCAACCUCAACAUUAUUAUCACACAAAUGCACAAAGCAUGCCAUUUCCAGGACAGAAUUCACCAUAUUCUAAUACCAAUGGUCAUAAUAUGCAGUAUUGUUCUCCACAAGGUCAAAAUAAGCCACAGUGGAUGAUGCCAAGACAAGAAGGAAGUGAAUCAGGUAAAUUUAAUAAACAAUCAACUACAACACAAUGUAGACAUCAAGAAAGUCCCUUUCAAGCUUCAUCUCCACCCUCUGCAAAACAUUUUCAGCAUCCUCCUCCUGUUAUACCUGUUCCACAAAUUCAAAGACCACCAUUACCACAAAAUCAGUCUUUCAAUCACUUUUGUUACACAGGCACAGAUCAAAGGCAAAUUUCUAAACAAAACUCUCAAUGUUUUCCACAAGGUAACAUAUGUAAUCAUCAUGGAAGUGAGCAAACUGUAAAGCAUCCAAUUCCUCAUCCACUUCCUAAUUCAACUUGUAAUAAUUGUAACAAAAAAGAAACACUUGCACCUCCACCUCCUCCACCACCACCACCUCCUCCUCCUCCUCCUCCUCCUCCUUCUUUGCCUCCACCUCAACCAGUUAUGACACAGUUUCCAGCACCUGUGAAUAAUCAACAGUGCCAAAAUUGCAAAAGUUGCAAUGCCGAACUUUCUUCAAUGACUCAGUUACGCCAACAUCCUUCUCCAAACUCUCCUUGUCAUAAUUGUUCCAAUCAAAAGCCAGAAAUACAGUGUCAAAAUAUCAGCCAAUCUUCAUUAGUAAGCAUGCCACCAGAAGCUUAUCAACGUACGCUAGAGUACGUUCAACAGUGCCAACAACUGCUAGCGGAUAAAACACCGCCAUCUGUUCAAGGAAAUAAUUUCACUAAUCAGUCUAAGUUUCCAGUUUCUAAUCAUCAAAUGGAGUUGUCACCCGGAUGUAAUAAAGUUAGCAGCAGCACAGAUAAAAAGGAUAAAGAGCAGAUAAAACCGACACAGUCAAAUUCUGCAACUGCCAGUAGGACUAACGAAAACACUGUUUCACCCCUUCUAACAACCACAAAUAUGGUUAUUAAUGACAUGAAUACCUCACUGACUUCGCUAAUGGAAGAAACAAGAUAUCUGCAUCUAAUGCAAUAACAUUUACUCUGCGCACUCAUUCAAUGUAAAUAUUUUGUAUAAUAAUUGUAUUUUUAUUAGCUUUGUUUAUAUGUAGCAUUUUUUUUGUGGUUUUUAAAACAUAAGUGCAAUUUCGUUCAUAGUAUAAAUAGGGCUUAAAAAACUGGGAUAUUAAUUAAAUUUGCCAAUGAACGAUACUUAUUGCUCAUGUUAAUUAAACAUUUAUUACUUAUUUUCUUUAUCCUGUUUAUAUAUUAAUUAUCAUGCGAACAAUGAAUGUGUGUAUAGUUUUACAUAGACUCAAAGCUAUAGAUUUUAGCAAAUUUGUCGGCGUCAAUCAAGAGCGCAGCAUUUCUGCACAAAUUACUCUGUAAUCCUGUUACAAACAGGCUGUUGUUUACAGAUUUAUUGUAUCCAUGCCAUGUAUGGAACAUGUUAAAAAUUUGUAGUCAAAUUUAGUGCCUUAAAUUGUGAUGUUUUAUUAUGUCAUACAGACAUUAUAUGAAGGCCAAAUUUUUAUUCGAACCCAGCCAUGUUUUUUAAUGCAAUAUGUUUACACCAUGAUAUAUUAUAUAUUAAAAUUUGUGAUCACCAAAAAAUAAAAUCUGAUAUUACUUUCAUAAUUUAUUCUUAUAUCUAUUACCUAAUGAGUUUUUACUUUGCAUAAAGUACAGGGUACUGUACAUUCAGAUUUUAAAAUAACAAGUCCAACCCAUAUGAUCAAGUGUCUGUUCUAAUGACGUAGUCAUUCAUGUAUGUGUACAACAGGCCUACUUUAGUGUUAUGUUGCUCAACCAUUGGCCAAAUGGCCAUGGUGUGAAGUUGUUAAACUACAGUAGUGGGGAAUACAAAUCUGAGGCAGAAUCUUGUAUAGAUUGGGCUAUUGUUCUCAUCCCUUAUUGAUUAUGGGUGUGCAUGAUUGGAGUUGCCCAUAAUUCGUAACUGGUCAAAGAUGGAAUUUUUAAUUAUACUCAUCAUUGGUUUGGUCAGGCCCACAGUGCGGAUGGUUGGAUGGUGACGAACAGGGUUUGACAUAUGAAAAAGACCUCCUUAAACCUGCAAAGUGGCUAGCUGAGACUUUACGACCACUCGACCAUAUACUCAUUGACAAAAAAGUUAUGCAUAAUUCUCCAAUUACUGCAAAACUGCACACAGCAGUCUCAGCUAGAUAGGUAAAUGAUUACAGUUGUGGUCAGAUUGCAGUCUAGAUAAUUCCUCCAGAGUGUCAGCCAACCUCCCUCCAUUGUGGGCCUGACCGAACCGAUAAUGGGCUUGCUAAAAGUACCCUUUUAGUGUCUACAAUGCGAGAAAAGUUUUAAAAAAGCAGUGGUAAAUUUGCAUGCUCGGUCUCGUUUGCAAUAGUGCCAUAAAUGAUCUAUUGUUUGGGAACGGACGACAGAUUGGCAGGGCCCUCGAGAACUUGUAUGGGGGGCCCAGAAGUAGGUCGUUCCUCCUUUGUCUCUUAUCGGGUCCUUUUAGCCAUUUUUUAAACAAAUAAAAUACAUAAAAUGUUUCUUUAUCAAUAAAAGAGUUUUAAAUAAUUCAUUUUCUAUGAAUAAAAUAACAAUUUUAUAGGGGUAAGAACUACUGCGGACAUUAAAUUUUCUUAAACAUCUGUUAGACUAAUGCCAUGCACGAGUGUGAGGGACAUAGAGGCAGUUGCAACAUCUAUGGGCAAAUCUGUCGCAGAAUACAAUACAAUACAAUACAUUAAUACCAAUAUGUUCGACUGUAUCGACGUAUGCAUGAAGGCAAGGGAAGUCCUACAAGGUACUAAAAGUUGCUUUAAAUUGUAUCAUUGUUUCACAGGAAAUUUCCUCAUUGCUAUGUUGUUGUAAUCACUUAUUACCAUUGUCAUUAUGAUUACAGUAAAAUGUUUCAUUUGACCAUGAAGAAAGUUUCGUAACUUCUUUCUUCUCCCUCUUAGUCAACUGUAUUGUGUUAUUCUGUAUAUCUACCUAAAUUGUAAAAAUGAAUAAA